UUUGAAAUCGAAACAAUGAAAAUAUGUUUGUUUUUUGAGGUGUCUGCAGUUAAACCUUGAAGUAAGCUAUUAAAAUCACAAUAAAUUAAAAUUAUGCCUGGUCUAAUUCUUGAAUCAAGUAUUAGUAAAAUUAGUUGCGACGAAGUGUAAUCCCCCAGUCAGCCAGUCCCAGCUCAGCAGAGUAAGUGUAAGUCACAGUAAGUAGUAAGUAAGCCCAGUUAGUGUGAGUUAGUUCACACGAUCGAAUCCUCUGCAAAUUUCUUUUUGAACGCACUAUUUUGUUUUACUAUUUUUGUGCGUUCAAAAAGAAAUUAGACCAAUAUUGGAGAAAAUUUGAUCUUGUGAACUGAGCAUAAGUCAUGUUCAUGUGUAAUUAAAUUAGUAGUUGGUUAAAGUUAAAGAAAGACAGUUUAAUUUAAGUUGAAAGUUAAAAUAAAGUACAGAAAGUUGUUAGUCUGUCAGUGUCAUUUGAAACUGAGGAAACUCAGACUGACUGACUCAGUGAUUAAGUACUCUUACUAGUAAUAUUAGUCUUACACAACUUACUGUGUUAUAAGUUAUACACACAGCCAUUUUCACAUUACCAGAGUUCAGUAACUUACUUAUAAAUAUAAACUCAACUUAGUAAGUAAGGUUUAGUAUUUAUUCAAUUAUCUAAGUACAAUCUUGUUGUUUUUGGCUAUACUACCUAUACUAGCAUUACUAUUAGUACUAUAAUAAAAUAUGAUAUAGUUUAAAUUAAUGAAUGAAUAGAUGUGACCCAGAUGUGAAUAUUUGAUUUAAGUUUAAGAAGAACACAGAAUAUGAAUAAUGGGCAGAAGAGUCUCUGAGUCUGAAGAGAUCAUGAAAAUGUUGCCAUAAAUGACAAAGAUGGCAGGAGAUAAAAAAAAUUCUAACACAAUUAGUUAAUUUAAAUGGUUGAUGUUUAGUUACAGAAAGAGACUAUUUACAUUUUAAAAACCUUAUAAAUAAUUAAUAAAGUUAAUUAAUUUAAAAAAAAAACAAUAACAGAUUUUGUUUCCUUUAUUUCCAUUUUUAGGCAUCAUGUAUCCCCGUGGGUCUGGGUUCCCAUUUUCUAACCUAUCAGGUUUUGCAUCAAGUGUCAGGUUUUUUCAACAACCAGUUCAUGUAAAUCUGCCUCAAAUGUCUACCAACAGCAACUCUAGAAUGCAACAAAGGUGGCCUGACUUCAUCCCUUUAGAGAAUCUCACCAGACAUAACUUUCAACAGAGCAGUUCAGGACCAAACUUCCAACAAAAUUUAACACAGCCCCAAUGUUUUCCAGUCAACUCUGUACAGCACACUCGCUUACUUAACACCUCAGCUGCUUUAAAUGGAUCAUCAUCAGCUCAGAAGUAUGUUUUUAAAACUGUUUUUUGUAUUUUGAGAGAGUGCAGUGUAUUUUAAGUUAAUAUCUCUAUAAUUAAGCAUGCAACUUUACGAAUGUAUUUCUUGUAAUGUUAUGUCUGCCUUAAAAUGUAUGUACAGUAAUACCUCAAACAUUGACGAGGUUAGGUUUCAGAACCCAUCGCAGAUCAGGAGGAAUUGGGAAUGUUUUGUAUAAGUCACUAAAAAUGCUAAUAAAUGCUUAUUUCUAUAGUUUUAUCCCUAAAUAUGACAAAAAUCAUGCUUACAAAGAACUUUAAUUUCAUUUAAAAGUUAGUGUAAUGCUAUAUCCUUUUAAAAAAAUGGCUGUAUGUCCUUAACUCCCCACAAAAAACAACAUUUUUAAUUUUAAAAAUAUUCUUAUUGAUUUUACUCUUAAAAGCAUGAAACGUUAUAAUUUAAUUUUAAAAGUAAACCUCAAUACUUUUGCAGGAUUUUUUGAGGAUUUUGCAAAUUUCGCAGAUAUUUGAAAAAUCUUGAAAGCAAAUAAGUUAGGUUCCAAUGAAAAUUUUGCAUAUCCGUUAAUUCAGGAUUCCUGAAAUGUGAAUACACUAGGUAUUAACUGUGUGUAAAAUUUCAAUGUAAAGGGACAGACAAGACUAAAAUGUCAUAAGAGCAAUUUUUAAAAAAUCAUCUUAAAUCAUUUCUCUUUAGACGUCGAAUGAAUGGAACAGAAUCCUCACCAAAAAAGAAGCAGAAGACAUCAAACUCAAUUUCACCACUUACUUUACCAGUAGAGCCAGGAAAUUUCUUAAUUCCAGUGGCUCGAGGGACUGAAAAGGUGACUUGUGGAAAAGUCUUCCAUUUAAAACAUUUUUGUAAAACUAAUUUAGAACAUUUUAACAGUCAGUUGAUUUAAAAUAUAUUCAUCUUAAUUGAAUUUUUAUUGGAUCAAUUGUUGAUCUAGAUUCCACACACCCCCCACUUUGCAAAAAAAACAACAACAAAUAAACAAAACAAAAACAGCUAAGCGUUAAACAUGCAUUAUGUUAUUAAUAAAUAAUAUUCUGAUUUCAGAUUACACAUGACAUCUGGGAAUUUUUCUUAGCUUCUCAAAUGAAUGAGGAAGAUUUGAAAAAAAAAUUAAAACUUAGAAAAUGUAUAUUAUCUGUUAUGACUGGAGCAUUUCCUAGUAAGUAAUGUUUGAUUGUUUUGCUUAAAUAAAAUGUUCAGUUUCAUAUUUAUUUACACAUUUUACUAUCAGGCUCUUGUCGUCUUAUACACAUUAUAUAUAUAAAGUCAUGCAAUCAUUGGCUAUAAGUUGUCAAUUUUAUGAAAAUCAAGUUUAUUUGUAAACAGAAUUAUGUAAGUUAUUUGGAUUAUUCAAAUAUAUAUUUUACAUCAUAUUUAUAAAAUAAUUUAUUAAGAAUAAUUAAGGUAAACGAAGAUGAACCAAACAUUGUUCUUAUGAACUCAUAUUUAAAAUUUCUUUGAGUUCUUAAGUCACUUUUAGAACUCUUUUGUUACUGAAUUCAACAGUGCUCUGAAAGAAAUACUUUAGGAAAACUGUUGAAGACAAACAAAUCCUUGACUUGAAGUUAAUUAAAGGACUGGGGCAGUGGCGGCUUGUGUAUAGCACUUUAGAACUUCAACACCCCCUAUUUUCAAUGAAAACUUAUUAACAUGCUGAUUUGUUUUCCUUCUUUCUUUCUUUAAUACUUAAUACAAAACUUUUAAUACCAUGAUUAAUAAUUCACAAUGUUAGUGGUCAUUGCCAUUCAUCUCAACUGUGCAAAAAACUUUAAAAAUGCUUGCAUGGAACUGUUUUCUAGAUGGUUCAAAUGAUGCAGUGUUAGGUUGUUCCACAUGUGUACAUGUUAGAGGGUAGAAGCAGGCCCACAAAAGGGAGAGAAGCACUGUCGUUCAUGCAGUUCUUAUCUUCUUAUCUGCAUGAGAGGCUGUGUUUACGUUUUGCAUCAGUGUGUGGCCUCUGUGGUGUAUGGUAUUAGAGUAUACAAGUGUGAUAAACUGUUGAUGAUUCAUUUAAUUUUAUAUUUAAAUACACAUACAUACAUUAUAUAAGUUUUCUUUUUCUAUGUGUAUGCAUAUCGUUUUGCGCAAUAUUAAAAAUAUGCAUACGAUUUUCUGAAGCAGCACCACCACUAAUUAAAAUAAUAAUAAUAAUAAUAAAAUUUAUUUCAAAAGCACGCUUUAUCCCCAAAUGCUCAAAGUGCGGUACAAUGUCAAAAACAAGCAACAAAAAAAACUAUAAUUUAUCACAUUUUAAAGAAACGCAACACUACAAAAACAAUUACAAGCAUACCAAGUCAAAGUCAUUCUACCCAUUUCAACUCUAAAAUCAUGAGUUGCCAUUCAACUGGGGCUUUUUUUUAUUACUUUUUUAAAAAAUAGGAAAUCUAUUUAUAACUGUCAAUGUAACUGUAAAGAAUUGAGAUUGAUUAGUCGAAGGUAUUUGCUCAGUGGACACUCUUGACAGUCUAAUGAAGUAUAGAAGUAUACUAUAUCAAGACUUUUAUUUUUAUCCCUUUUAUAUUAAAAAAAAAUCUGUAUAUUGUGAAACCUGUAAUUAUAUAUUUAUAUAUGAUGCUUUAAAUGGUUUAUUUUUAGAUUGCAGACUAUUUAUUGUGGGCUCAUCAAUGACAGGAUUUGCAACUAAAACCAGUGAUGUUGACAUGUGUCUUAUGAUUUCAGAAAAUGACGUAAGCUUCAGAGUUUAAAUAAUUUAUAUAUAAUUUUUUUUUUUUUUUUACUUUAUAAUUCUUAUUUAUUAUUCAUUUAAGAUGUGACCCUGCUCUAUAAUGUAAGCCAGGAAUUUUGUUUGUCUGUUAGAAGAUAGAUCAAUCUAAAACAUUAUAGAUCUUCAGUAAACCCCUAUGUUUAUUUGAGUUUUCUCCUUUUCAACAUUUGACAUUUUUCAGAUUGAUCAAAGGCGGGAUGCUACAGUUAUUUUGAGUUCUAUAGCCAAGGCUUUAAGAGCUUGUUGUAAGUCUUCCACAUUUUAGUUUUACAUAAUAAUAACUGAACCCAGACCUUUUUACUCUUAUGAUUUUGGCGUACAAUGUACAAUUUUGAGAUGUCUUUUAGGAUUGUUUGCCAAGACCAGUCAGAAUUACGAUUUUAAGAGACUGGGUUGAAAAUACAAAUAUUCCAGUAGCUUUUUCAGAUAAAAAAAAAUUAUAAAGUUUUAACUUGCAUUUGCAUUCUACAGCUAGCAGUGAAUGCACCGAGAAAUACAAUUGGUUAGGGUAGGUAUUUUAAAAGACGCACGUGCAUCCCUUCUGCGCAGUCGAAAAAUCACAGAAAAACUUGAGCUGCAAUAUAGCUAUACGGCAUAGCGAGGGUGUCGUUUUUUUGCGUUGUACGUCACUGUUUCCUAUUAAUAGUAUUUAAAUUAUCGGUGACGUAGAGCACAUAUUUUUCCAAACAUGUGAAUACCAUAUUUGCAGCAUUUAGAAUCUUGUGACCGGUAACGCAUUUAAUUUUUCAUCGGUAUGCACGUUAAUUGCUUAUUACUUUUUAAUGUAAAACUCAAACACAUAGUGGUUUAGCUCAAUACUGCUUCAUUCAUUCACACAGUUUAAUAACUUUACUUCAUUAAAAUUAGCCCAAACGCACAAAAGUUAUGCCAAUCCAACUGGAAGGUGUAAGAAAAGAAAAUUGUUAGUAGUCACCCGAGUCAUCCCCUCUCACAAAAAAAAGUGGGUUGUUGGAAAUGGUUGUUAUUUCCAAUUUAACUUAAAGAUAUUUUCAUUUAUUCAUUAUAGUUCAUCUUUGAUAAUCUGUGGUAGACUAAUUAGUUAAUAAAGGGAAAACUGUUUUACAAUAUUAUUAGAAAGUAGUACAACUUAAUAAAUUAAAUAAUUUUAAAUAAUUGUAGUCCGGUGAAUUUCGGACUUGUUUUGUCCCUUGAUUUAUAUAAUUAUUAUAUGUAGUAGUAGUAAUACUACAACUAUAAUAUAUAAUGCUAGUUAUUAGUGGUAUUUAUAAAUUAUAAUUAAUGAAAAUAACAAAAUAAAAGCAGUUGCUACCACUAUUAAAAAUAUACUAUUAUCAAUUGUAAUUCCAAUAAAAUAUGGUAAUGCAUUAUAAAAUUAUUUUUUUUUUCGUACAUAUGAUAUAUUUUUUGUGAAAAUUGCGUCACUGUGACUUGUUUAAAAUUAAAAUUAGAUAACCUAUGAAUUAGUCUAUAACAAGUUUAUUAAAAUAAAUAAAUAAAUAAGACUCUACAUCAUCAUAGUAAUUAUAUCAAACUAGGACAGAGGCAUAAGAAAAUGUUAACAUUUAUAUCAACAAUAAUAUAUUUCUAAUUAAAUAAACAAAACAAAAAAAGGAAAUAAAUUUAAUAAAAACAUCACUUGAAUAAUAUUAAAAAGAAACUAAAAAUUGUAUAGAUUCAGAAUUAUGAUUAGUAUUUAAUGUUAGGCUUCUUUUGGGUGGAAGAGAAAAUUUUACAUUUCUGUUGCAAACUUUGGAAUUCCUUCCAUGGCCCAUAUCCAAUAAGGCGGAAUGUUUGGAUGCAGAUGGCGGCGACAAAGUUUAUGAAGGAAAAAUGUGUGGGUUUCAUCAACAAGACAAAGAAGUCACUGUAGGGCAUUCUACCCGGAAAAUGGCAGGCAGAAGAUCCCCAUUACCUUUUAAUAUUUAAUGACAUACUCCGAUAAGGGUAUGCUUGUAAUUAGUUUUAUGGGUGAUAUUAGUAUUUGUUAUAUAUAAUUACAUGCGUUCAAUUUUAUAUAUAAAAAAAGACUACUUACCUUUUUAUAAAUAUAAUGAUUUAAAAUUUAACACAAGCAUAAUAAAAUUAGUUAAAAUUCAAUAAACAUGUUAUUUUUUUCAAUUUUUCCUGUAUAAAUAAUGAUUUUCCCAAUUUUUCUGUUCACUUUUUUCUGAACAUACCCUCGAUUAAAUAUAUAAAAAAAUAAAAGUCUUGAUGUUAUAUAAAAGUUUUGUUGUUUAUUGUGUUGUAUAUUGCAUUGAGAAUGUCUCCUGAAAGUUUGGUAGCAUUAUCUUUUAAAAUAAAAAAGUUGUGGACAAAAUAAAGCAGAAAUGUGGAAAGUUGGUCACAAGUUUUUUUCGUUAAAUACAAAGAUAAAUAAAGGGGUUAAAAAAUUCACCAAAAAAAUCAUAAAUUUUUUUCCAUAAAAGAUAGAAAGAUGAAAUUGGUGUUUUUGCAAAGCUUAUAGCGAGCCCUUUAAAAUGGUGUAUCAUUUGUGGCUAUUGGACAAUAUUUAAAAUGUGUGUCAAAGUACCUAGUUAGGGGCCAUCUAUAAAUGUAUUACAUUUGCUAUGAUAUUUGCAAAUAAAUUAAUAAUAUCAAUGCUAUUGUUUAUUUCUCUUCCACAUAACACUUUCAGCCUUUGUAAGAACUCCACAAGUAAUAAAGGCAAAAGUUCCAAUUUUCAAGUUCUUUGAUGCAGUAUCGUAAGUUUUAUUUUAGAAACUUUUCACCACACGAGUUAACACAGGGUGUAUAGACUGAUAAAUAUGCAAUAGGUCAAGAAAAUUAUGCAUUUUUUAAAAAUGUUUGCAUUGCAUUUUUUUGGACUAUGAGUAUUGUCCAUAACGGAUAGUUUGAGAUUUUUUUUUCUUACUAUAUUUCUUUUAUGAAAUUUUUACAAUAGUUCAUUUUUGUAAUCACUUUAAAAAAAAUAUCUUUAAAAAUUUUCUUUGCAAAGAGGAGUAGAGUGUGAUCUGAAUAUUAACAACACUGUCGGUGUAAGAAAUACACAUCUGCUUCGUUACUAUGCUUACAGUAAGUAAUUAAAUUAAUCAGCAAGGUAUUAUAUUGUGAUGUUGUUGAAAUGUUAUAAAAUUAACUAAAUAAAUAGAAUUCAGCAAGAUAUCGAUUACAAAAUUUAGGUUAUAUGGCUAAAGCUCACAUAAUACCUCUUGCUCUUUUCUUUUUCCCAAAAUUAAGCUAAUGUUUUCAAAUUUCAUAUUUAAGUGGACUGGCGAGUUCGACCUUUAAUGCUAUUUAUUAAAAAAUGGGCAAGGUUUCAUGACAUCAAUGAUGCCAGCAAGAAAACUAUUUCUAGUUAUUCACUCACGCUGAUGCUGAUUCACUACCUGCAAGGUGAGGGAUUUUUUUUCUGCUUUCAAAUAAAAUAAAAAUUAUCUACAAGUUUUCUCUACUCAAAGAUUCCUUGUGGAAACAUUUAAAUUUUGUCAAUAUUCAUCAACUGUGUACUUAAUAUCUUUACAUUUAAAUUAAUGAAAAGUCAUCAAGAUAUAAUAAGAAAAAGCUCUUUCCUUUGAAAAAAUGGAAAUUUUAAAAAUCGUAUGCUUUCAUUUAAAUCGAUUCUUUGUUUUAUUUAAUUUAAGAUACUUCAGUUUUCUAACCAUUGUUUCUGUCUAUUCAAUUUAAGCUGGCGUCAUCCCUGCAGUGUUACCAUGUUUACAGACUUUGAAACCUGUGAGUUGUAAUAAUCUUAUUGGUUUACAUUUUCUCAAGUGGCAGACAGACAGUAUUCAACUUCACCUAUCCAACAUUUUUAAUUGUGUGUACAUCUGUCUACUAAUUAAUCAAAACUUAAUUAGUGGGAUAGAUACCAUUUUAUUUCUAUGAAUUUAUACAUUUUUAAACUGAAUACUUGGACUUAAUAUUACUGGAGAAUGAUUGGCAAGUUCUAAAAUUAUAGAAACUUUUAUUGAUUAAUUACAGGUAAAGAGUUUUUUUUCCCAAAGUUUGUUUUUAAAAAAAAAGAAGAAAAAAACAACAAAAAAAACACAGUAAUUAAAAAUAUUGUAUUUAUGUGAAGUUUUUCUUAAAAACAAUUUUUCAGCAUCUUUUUAGUAUACAAGCAGAUGUUUGCAGAUUGUCAUUGAAUUUUGAGCCUGAUAAUGUGAAGUUUGCUUCCAAAAACGUCGCAACUCUAGGAGAACUCUUUUUGGGCUUUUUGAACUACUACUCAAAUAUUUUUUGGUAUGUUAAACAUGAAGUGUAUGUUAAACAUGAAGUGUAUGUUAAACAUGAAGUGUAUGUUAAACAUGAAGUGUAUGUUAAACAUGAAGUGUAUGUUAAACAUGAAGUGUAUGUUAAACAUGAAGUGUAUGUUAAACAUGAAGUGUAUGUUAAACUUGAGACAAGUUUUAAAAAAAAUUAAUUUAAUAGAUUAUUGAAUGAACAAUAUAUCAUUUAUCAUGUUUUGUAUUUAACUUUAACUACCAUUGUUUUGUUUAAAUGACUGCUAAAUCACACUCAUAGAUGAAAGAGACAGAAGAUCUUUGGAUAAUUUAUUUUGGAUUAAUUGAUAGUUCAAUGGUCAUAGAGAUUUAUUAAUUGCACAUUAUGCUAUGGGAAAGAAAGUAAAAUAUUUCUGGGUGCUUGAUCUAACAUCCGAAACUUAAGCUCAAGUUGUUGGACCGCUCAGUGUUGUUAGUUUUGUUGUUCUAACAUCCUUAACUUAAGCUCAAGUUGUUUGACUGCUCAGUGUUAUCGUUUUUUACUCCAAAUAUCAGCUAUGAGUCACAAGUUAUAUCUGUUCGAUUGGGUAGGACCAUUGGUCGACAUGAGAUCUAUGACAGGGACAAUACAAUGCAGUGGAAACAUUUAAACAUUGAAGGUGAGAAACUACAAUAGGUUUAGUUAACGUCCCAUUAUUACACAUAGAGUUAUUAUACCAGAGCUGUAAAACAUCAUAUUUCUAAUCUCAAAAUAUAGUUGAUCAAAACAUCCUGUUUUUUUCUAUAACAAUCAAUACCAUUUUGCUAAAAAGCAUAAAAUAUCUUUUAAAUCAAAGGUUGAAAUGUAGGGAAAAAAAAUCUUUACAUUACCAUACAUGGUUGUAUUGAAACGAAAAAAAUAUUGAAUUGUGUAAACUAUUGUACAACAUUUGUGGUCAAAGGGGCUAAAAAAUAUUUAUUUAAACUUUAGCUUGAUUUUGUGACUAAGUGGUCAAUUGUUAGUUUAAUUUUUAAAAAUAUUUUUGUUGUCAAUAAAGUAGCCUCCAAGGCAAUUCAUUUCCCACAAGCCCUGUAGUCCAUGGGUUUCAUGAAGUUUUAAUAGACGUUACCUGGCUUCAUGGCUGAUUGACCUCAGCUGUGUUCCAGAACAGCAUAUAAAUUCACAAAACUUACUUGUAGUACGGUAAAAAUGAAUUUAUGUCCCAACCCAAAAGUAAUAAAUUAAUGGUAUUUUCACCAUAAUACAUAUGUUAAAAAAAUAAAGAAAAAGGAGGAGAAAAUAAAAUACAAGUUUUGAGCCUGACAGGCAUGAAAUCAGCCCAAAUGAAGCCAUGUAAACAUAAAUUGUACUGCAUCUUGACAAAAAAAUUAGUCAUUGCCUGCUAUACAUGGAUUUUUAAAAUGGCUGCUCAUAUAUUAGUUUAAUGUUAAGAAGACCAUAUAACUAAAAUUUAUUUUGCAUUGAGCUCAUUUACUAUAUUCCAGAACCCUUUGACAGGACUAACACUGCAAGAUCAGUCUAUGACUUGUAUGUAUUUCAACGGAUUCUGCGUGUUUUCAAAGUGAGCUUCAAUACUCUGGUAAAUACCAGAGACAUCAGCCAAAUUUUAUCUAGACCAUUUUGAGACCCAAGAAGACUUUCAGUAAUCUUAAUUAAAACUGGACUGUAAAAGUCUUGAAAUGCCAUUACACAGAUUCAACAUAAAAGAGCAAUCUGUACAUUAAGUUCAGUGGAUUUGAAUAAAGAAUAUUGCACACUAAUAUUCCUUUGACUGAGUUUCUGACAAGCAGCAACACAAACCCACAAGAGAAAAAUCUGCUUUUCUAUUCCUUCUUGAUGAUCGGCUAUAAAACAUUGUUUAAACUGAUUUAACUUAUGAUGAAUCAUUUUGCAAGUAGCAAAUAAACUUAUAUGUAAAUAAGAUGUACAUAUAUGUAUUGAAAUUAAAGUUGGGAAAAAACUUUAAAAUAAAAUUUAUAUUGGAUCUGACACUUGAUUUGAUAAUUUGGGACAGAGUGCAGUGCAAAAACUUCAAUACCAUUCAUAGACAUAAGUACCUCUGGUGCACUGUUGGUGUGACAUUGCUAGCACUGUUCAUUGGCAAACUGUUUAAAUGAUCAGAAAAAGCAAGUAAGGUGAGGAGAUAAAUUCAUUCUUCUAGUUUCUCAGGCUGACAAAGAGUAAUAAAAGACAGACAUUUUUCAUAAAUCACACUAUCAUUUAAUAUUAAAUUAUAUUUAUUGCAAGGUUGCCCUUUUGCUGUCCAGAGCAAUAACAUAAAUUGUUCCAGUUAUUUAAGAAAAAGCUGUCAAUUUUUUUAAAAUACUGGAACUCCUUUAAAUUUCUGUUGGUUUUUUUUUCUUUAUAUCCCAACAACAGUUAAACCAUUUCUAUUUUUACAUUUUCUUAACCUUACUGAUGUUUUAAAUUUGCAUUUUAAAAUAAUCAUUAGUUUGAACGUUUAUUAGUCUCUUAAAACAAUAUUUAUAUAUUGCUGCUUUAUUCUUUAACUGAAGUCUGGUUAGUUUUAAUUCUAAUUUUAACAUGAAUCAUUUUCUCUACUGGAUUUUUCCUUUAAUUUAGUGCUCAAUCAUAUCACUACCCGGUAUUACCAUAUUUUAGACUAGGAAAUGUGUUUUUAUUUGUGGCCCAAGCCAAUAUGGGCAGAUAAGGAGAUGCUUUAUAAAAAGUUACCAUCAUGUAAAUUAUUUCACAAAAUAAUACAAUUUAACAAUUAUAUUGCAGUCAAAUUUUUAAUUUUAUAUACCUAUCAAUUAUCAGAGUUUUUAACUGAGCAAAUGUGAAGCUAAUUCGGUUUAGAUUAAAAAAGUAAAGGAUUGAAUAACAAAUCAUAGUUUUGUCUAGAACUCUGGAAUAUUUUUAGAUAAAAACGGUUAGUUAAUAAAGUAAUUUUUAAUGUUCUUUAAUGUCCAUUAAAUCUGAUUAAAUUAUGAAUAAAAGAUAUGAAAUCAAAACACUUCUUGUAAUUAUAUACACACAUUUAUAUUUCCU